AAUCAUAGUAGCCUGAAGAGAGACAUCGCUGCGGAGAUGCGUGCGGUACGACCACAUGCGCUCAACUGUUUCUGCGCCACAUCCCAGAGUGCAUCCCAGAUAGUUGCGUGCGAAGGGCAUGCCAGGUCAUCAGGAUGAAUCCGCCACCUGAAAUACGAGGAACUUAACGCCACCCAGUCCGGUAUAUAACAUAAACCACAUCUCUGCCAAGAGGACUGCCGACUGAUGAAGCAUAUUUGCAGAGAGCCGUAUUGUAUCGCAUGCAAUCAUUAAGGCUAUUCACGAAAUACUAGUCAGUUAUCUAGAUAGCUGCGGACUAUACUGUACUUGCUUUCAUUUGCACAUUGAUUCUGCUUUUAGAUGAUGAUUCCACCUGGAGAGUGCUUGUAUGCCGGAAGGAAGAGAAGGAAGCCCAUCCAAAAACAUAAACAGACAGCGUCCAGCCAGAAAACCAACCCCUCUAAGAGGCACCGUGACCGUCUGAAUACAGAGCUGGACCGGCUGGCCAGUCUCCUACCAUUCACCACAGAAAUCAUCUCCAAACUAGACAAGCUGUCUGUGCUUCGCCUCAGUGUCAGCUACCUCCGAUGCAAGAGCUUCUUCCAAGCCAUCCAGGAGGAGCCAUGCGGGAAGCACAUCGCGGAACUGGCUGGAAACCACCAGGAUACCAAGACAGAGAGUGUGCCCAAUGGAACCCCCAGGACCGGGGGCAACGUGGUAGAGAGUGACCUCUUACUGGAGUCCCUGACAGGCUUUGCCUUGGUAGUGAGCACAGAUGGGCUGAUAUUCUACGCCUCGUCCUCAAUUGUGGAUUACCUGGGCUUUCAUCAGACAGAUGUGAUGCACCAGAAUGUAUUCGAUUAUAUACAUGUGGAGGACAGGCAGGACUUCAGAAGACAGCUCCACUGGGCAAUGAACCCUCGGACCCAGGGGGCUUCCCUGGACCAGACUGCAGCCACAGAAGCUGGUGACGACAUUGUGGUGAGCAGUCUCUUCAAUGGUCAGGAGCCUGACGUUGUUCCCCUAGAGCUGAGCUCCUUUCUCACACGCUGUUUCACUGCCCGUGUCCGCUGCCUCCUGGACAGUGCCUCAGGUUUCCUGAGCAUGCAAUUUCAGGGCAGCCUGAAGUUCCUACCAGGCCAGAAGAAGAAGACUGAGUGUGGAGCACUGCUGCCCCCACAGCUGGCUCUGUUCUGUGUAGCCAUGCCCCUCAUGAUGCCCACUUUCACGGAGCUGAAGAUGAAGAGCGUGGCGGUCAAAAGCAAGAACAAAGGCUCCAUCCUCAACACACUGGAUAAGACCAGUGACAAGAGGGUCCGCACUUCUAGAGACUCGUGUGACAGCAGUGGCUUCCUCCUUCAGAAUUUGUCCACUACCACUACCAGAGACUCCUGCCACUACACCCCAUGGACGUCCCUCUUUAAAGACGGCAUCAGAAACAAGGAGGAUGGCUACUACACCCAGGUGGAGCCCCUCAACUUCUGUUUGUCCUCUGUGGGGGGUGGGCCCAAAGCCCAGAGCGUGAAUCCUCCAUGGGACAUCCUCACAGGAUCCUCAAUACUAAAGGGCCCGAGUGGCAGCUUCAUCCUGGGAAGACAAGGCAAGAGCAACCACCCGGGGAAAAGUGAAUCCGACAGGAUGUCUCCAGGAUAUCACGCUGACAGUCACGACGCCUCUCAGAGCAAGCUGUACGGAGGACUCCUCAAUCCCGAGCUGGAAAGAUACUGCGAAGACAGCAUGAAGGCAAACAACCAGUACACGGGCAGCCAUCUUGACUGUUUCCCUGGAAUGAUGGUGCCCGAGAUGGCCAUAAAGACAGAGCAGGACUCUGACUCAGAGAACGGUUGCAACAUCUACAGCAUGCCCCAGAAUGGAGCCUGGGAGGGCAACGAGAAACCCUUGACCAUGGGCUACUCAGAGGAACCACAGGUUAAGACAGAGGAUGAUUACUAUGAACAAUACACCACCUGCCAAAGGAACAAAACCAACAUGAGCCCGGCUCUCAACGGACUCCAUAAGUACUUACACAUGGCAGCAACCAGGACUCAGAAGGAUCACAAGACACCUCAAGCUGACCUUUUGGGUGGUGGUCAGGGAGGUAGCUUUGUAGACAGCAAUGCAUAUGGGAGUGGUACUGUGGAGCAUAAAGGCUACAUGCAGCAUGACAACAAACUGAACUGUGAGUUCAGGAGUCAUUUGGUCCAUUCCAUAAAGAGGGAACCAAUAGACUCCCCUCCUUGGCCUCAUAGUGGCGUUAGCCAAAUACCUCUGCAGAGAAACAUGAUUCCCAUUGCAAUGAAUGCUAUUGUACACAAACCGAACCCAUAUAUCUACAUGUAGUAACCUCAAGGGACAACCUUAAAAAAACUAAAACAUCAGCGUCUUUAUUGUAUACAGCCAUAAAAGAGCAGGGUGGGUUGUUUUUUUAUACUCAACUCAGGUCUUCAACAGUGUUAUACAGGAUGCAAGCAAUGGAGAGGCAUUUUUAUAAGGACUUUGUACAUAAUGCCACAAAAGAAAUCUUACUUUUUCAGAUGUAUGUUUGUGUAUGUUUUGUACACUCCUUGACUGUAAUGAUUGUUAAAAUACUUGUUCUUAUUAUGUGGACAUACUUUACUUUUGACGUUAAUGUGCUUUGACUGAUAGUCAGACUGAAGGAAAGAUAACUGUGGAGUAGUUGUAUAGUAUAAUUUACUGUACCAGUACCCAUUUAAAGACAUUACUUGCUUCUAGAGAAAAUGCAUUCAUAUCAUCACAUAAAGUUUGAAGCUUUAAAUAGCAUCCACAGCACAAAAAUAUAAACAGGAGCAUGAUCUGCAGAUCAUACUGGAAUGUACAUCUUAUUUUUUAAACAUUUCAUAACCAGGUAAUUGCUAAUUUACUGUAUUUGCAAUACAUAUAUUUGAUAGGAAAGGCAAUAAAUGGAUAAAGUAACACUCAAUUAUUUGCCUUGGUUCCUAAUGUUAUAGAUGCUUCAAUGCUCAUUGAGUCAAAAAUCUUAUGAACGAUGUAUUCAAGAUUAGUUUAUUUAUUAUUUUACCAGUUAGUUUGUCAGUUUGAAACCAGUGUUAUAUAUUUAGAUAAAAGUUCACCUAACACCCAUUUACACAAAGGUCUAAGGAUGCUCUCAGGGCAUAAUAACUUUGAAAUUUAUUGC